ACCAUGAAGGCCUCUCUGCUGCUAACUGCCGGCCUGUCUGCCGCCAGCCCGCUCUCUCUAGCCAUACGGGACUCCGGUCUCCAAGCUUGUAAUCCCUCGGGUGCUACGUCAUCGGCUUUGCCCAAGACAGGCUCGGAGCUAUCCUCGUUGUACACCAGUCUCCUCUCCUCGGUGAAGGGGCAAAGCUUUUCCGUCAAGCAGACGCAAGAUGGCGAUGACAGUUCGGAUUCGGGUUCUUUCUGCUGCGCCCAAGGCACGAGCUGCCUGACGCUGGCCGAUUUCUCGAUCCCGUUCUGCUACGACAAGUUCACUACCAACUACAUUUUUCCAGACGGCUCGUCGGGCAACAUUGUCUCUGGCAAUUACAACAGGACCGACGGCUCAUCAGUAAACCUCCUCACUGGUGACUACACGGACAAUGGAACUUCGGGAAACAUCUACUCCUCCGAUGCCGCGGACAAGCCGAACACGGCAACAUUGUCGAUUCCUCCUCUGUACACUGCAUCGGGUGUCGGUAGCGCCAUUCCCAUUAGUGCUCUCGGUACCAUUGUUGUCUACACCACUACGGUCCCUGAAACUACGAUCCAGCCCACGACAAUCCCCGCCUCGACCGUCAAGGCCCUAACGGUUUCCGGGACAACCAUCGCCGGCUCGACAACCGUUACCCCUACUACG